AUGUUUUAAAACAGAUUAGUAAAGGACAAUAUAAUUAUUUAAUAAAAGAUAAAGUGAUUUUAAUCAAGAGAUUUUUUAUUAUGUCAGUGGAUAAUUUUCGUAAUUUCAAUUUGGUUUCCUCUUGGAAACCGCCGUUUCGUUGUGCGGUUUGCGAAAAGAAUAAGCUUGCUUUGAACCAAAACCAUCGCCCAUUUAUCCUGAAAUGUUUUCAUGAUGUUUGUGAGAAAUGUGUUAUCAGUUCAUUAAAAACAAGAUCCAUAUUAACAUGCAAAUUAUGUUAUAGUAAAACCGAAAUUAAAUCAAAGCAAAUGUUUCGUGAAGAAAUCGAACCAAGUCAUUUUUUGCGUGGUGUAAUAGGAUACACGCAACAUAUAUUGCCAUAUGAUAUGCAAUAUAUUGAACCACAAGCUGAUUGUUCUAAUGCGAAUAUUGAUAUGAUACCUAUGUUUGAUGAAAGUAAAAAUUACGAAUGCAAUGAAUGCACAAUUGCUAAUACACAAUACUAUUGUGUUCAAUGUAAUGUACCAUAUUGUUUAGAAUGCUAUGAGAAUAUUCAUAAAACAGCUAGAGUUUUAAAGAAACAUAACUUAGUUAAAAUCAAAACGAAAAUGAUACCAACUGAAAAAAAGAAUCCACAAGUGUGUGAAAAACAUAAAACAAUUUGUGAACAUUUUUGUAAAGCUUGUCAGAAAAUUACAUGUAAAGAUUGUAUACCAAUUAAUCAUAGCCAACAUCAACAUCGAGUGAUAUCACUAAUUGAUGAGAAUAAAAGAUUUAUAAAAGAGUUAAAUAAAAUCGUAGACGUUGUUAAAGAAACUAAAAUGAAUUAUGAAAUGGUUAUUGAGUGUCAAAAUAUUCAAGCUUUACCUUAA